AUGAUUACUACCCAACAUUGGACGUGGGGUUUGAAACCGGCUGCUCUUAUACUUGCAUUGAUUGUUCUGGUGUUCAAUAUCCAGCCUGUGCAAGCGACGAUUCCUACCUCUCAACGCUUUGAUCUGUCAAAGCCUUCAUACGACCUCUUCCGCAGCAAGUCCCUGCAUGAUAAGACUGUACAACAAGGCUUUGCAUUUGACAAUACCAAUCGCCGACUCUUUGUCGCCCAACGACGUGAUGGUUCCUCUGAGACCUCGGGGGACCUAUGCAUCACCCAACUUGACUUCGAUGGCAAUUACGUGGGAUACAUGCAUUUGAAGAGUUUUGGUCAUGGUGUCUCCUUCGGCGCUCAAGGGGUCGGCUCAUCAUCCUACCUAUGGACAGAAGUGGAGGCCAACUCGAACGGAUAUGGCAAGAAACUUGCUCGGUUCAAGUUUGUUAGCGGAACUACACUCUCCUCGUCCUCGUCGUCACUUGUAAAAUUCGUCCCUAUCGCUAGUGCUACAGAGCAUACCUGCUCCAUUGAUCCCGUGAGCAACCGUCUCAUUGUCCGUCACAGCCUCAGUGACGGUAAACACAUUGCCGUGUUCAACUUGGACGAGGCAACGGAUGGGGAUUUCUCCAACCCUCUCGCGAACUUCAAGCAUCCAUCGCUAGACACAGCAUCCGCUACAUUCCAGGGAUAUGCAGCGUAUGGCCAGUAUAUCUAUCUUUUAUAUGGCAAUUCGUAUGAUGUCACCGGUGGUGAGGUGAAUUCAGAUGUGACCACUGUCAACAUGAAUACUGGAUCUGUCGUCCAGGGUCCUCUCAUUACAAAAGCUGGAUCAACACUAUCCUUCCGUGAACCUGAAGGAUUGGCCAUCUAUAAGACUGCGGCCGGGGAAGUUCGUCUUUUCCUGGGAUUUGCAUCGGGUAACAGUGGUGAUCGGCGAUCGAAUUUAUUCUACAAGAUUGCUUUGGUUUAG